UCUCCGUCAUUGUACACAGCGAGAGGACCUAAUUUACAAUGGCAGCGAGAUGAUUAUCAGGCAGAAGAAAAGAUAAUAUCUGCUGAAGAUAUCAGUAUCUGACUACUGGGAAGGUGGGGUUAACAAAAUAUCAGAAAGUGCCUUCAAUCUCCUUCCAGUGGAAGACAAAAAGAAGGAAAAAGCGCCCAGGUAUGUAUCAAAAUUCAGGCCUGCAGUUAUGUUGGAGAGAAAACUGGUGAAGGAGCCAAUAAGGACGAUGGGACCUGCCAGAGUGGAGUUGCCAUCUCCAGAGAAUUUCCUCAAGAAGCAUUCGAAAGAGCCCAAACUGCCUGAACAGACGCAGAGCUCCACAGAUGUUCAUAAAACCUGCUCUUUCACUGAGAGGAAACCUCCGGUCCCCAGAAGGAAUGACAAACCACUGAUGGGAAUUCACACCAAGAGGGACUUUGUAAAGGAUACACCUGAACUGGUGCCAAUGAAACCACAGCCUGCAUGCGUAGACACCAGCAAGGGGCACAAACAGGUGCUGGAAAACUCAGGGCUUGUCCCAAAGUUCAUCACACGAAAGGACUUUGGUAGAGUACCAGCGUACCUCCAGCAGCGCAGCGAAGCAGAGAGGAGGGCUCGAGAGGAGUAUGAAAACUUUGUAAGAGCAGAGCGGGAGCAGAGGGCCAUGAAACACAUGACAGAGGAGGAGAGACAAGCCAUCCUGAAGCGCCUGAAGGAAACCUGGGAUAAGCUGCAUCACGAGUAUCAGGCCCUUCCCCUCAUCAUCGACACUAUGUCACAGAGGGCCACCAAGGACUGCCUCGAAAAGCAAAUGAAGCAGCUGGAGGACGACAUCGAUUUAUUCGAGAGGUUCAAAAUCAUCUACAUACCUAAAGAUGAUUAAACUCAGCAGUGAUGAGAUGCAGUGUAGUGAAUGUUGUUAUUUGCCCCAUUCAUCAGGAAAAUAAACUGGUUGAUUUACUGUA